AUAGUUAGAAGCAUCUAUCAUACAGUAUGCCUGUGUAUGAUGUACCCAGCUUGCUAAUUAUUGUAGCAGCCUCACAAUUAUAGCUAUGCACUACAGUUGGAGGUUGCUAGUAUACAAGGACUUGGCAUGAGAUAAUGGCUACUGGGCAGGACUCAGGCUUACUGCUCCCAACUAUUGUACAAGCCGAAGAGCAACUGGUAGUGGAUUUGUGGGAGGCUGUUAGAGAUGAUGAUGUCAUCAAAGUGAGGUCCCUGUUGGAACAGGGGGCCAACCCCAAUCACCAACUGUAUUGGAGAAAGGAUUGGUGGAACAUGUAUAUACUCCCUCCAGUACAUGAAGCAUGCAAGAAAGGCAAUCUAGAGAUCACCAAAGCACUCGUUAGUGGCGGAGCUGAUAUUAAGAGAGGUGAGAGGGAUGGGAGCAUCUUUACACCAUUGCACUUUGCUUGUUGGAGUGGACGCAAAGACAUUGUACAGUGGUUGGUGGAAGAAUGCAAGUGUGAUGUUGAUGUGAUUGAUGUUGAUGGCCCCAUUCCUUUUGACUGUACAAUACAGUAUGGUUUUCAUGAAGUUGUUGACUAUCUCAAGUGUCUACAAAAACCCUUCACAGCUGCCGCUCAGCAUCAGCGUGAGAAGGAAGAAGCUUGGAAAAGCAAGCAACGCAGAGAUGGAGUGAGAGAAGAAGACUUACAGCCACUAUCGAAACCCCCUCAAGAUAAGAGCAGACGGAGUGGAGAAUCGAAGGAUGAAUCAUCGAAGUCUGAGCUAGCCCUUAAUGAAGCCAUGAAGGCUGGAUUUGUCCGUGUGAAGGCUACGAAUAUAUUGUUCUUUGGAAUGGCCGGCACUGGUAAAACCUCCACUAAGCAUCUUCUUCUGGGACUGCCUCCUCCUAAAGAUCAUAAUAGCACUCCAUUAGCUAGCACGGCAGAGAGGAUAUGUAUUCGACAAAUUCGUGACACUACAAAGCUGAAAAUGGAAGCUCAAGAAGAUCCCUCUAGAAUAUGGAGGCCAGUAUCUAGUGAUGAUCUACAACGCAUUGUUGCUGAUGUUAUGAAAUCUUAUGUAACCAACUCAGAUCCUAACUCUAAAGCAUCUGCUAUCCCAUAAGAACUCAGCAUUGCUCUGAAGCAAGUUGAAUCUAGCAAUGAAUCGGGUACGCAAGUUGAUGCAACUCCUUUGACUUCAAGAGCUAGUCUAACGAAACUAUCGGUAGCUGGAGCAAAAACAAGUAAAUUUCUCAACACUGUUUCGAA